AUGUUUUUAAAAAUUGUUGUAAAACUAUUGAUUUUUACGAGUCCAGUUUAUUGUUUUGUAGGUUAUAUUGGUGGCUUUCAAUAUUUAAUAAAAGAAUUUGCUUCAUCUGUAUCAAUAGGAAGUACUCCAAAACAUGAAACGCGUUGGAUGGAGCAAAAACUUGAUCAUUUCGAUGGAAAUGAAAAUCGUACUUGGAAAAUGCGAUACUUCAAAAGACUUGACUUUUGGAAACUUAAUGGUCCGAUAUUUUUAUUUCUUGGUGGGGAAUCUGAAGCAUCUCCCAAUUUCUUAUAUACUGGUAUAAUGUAUGAAUUAGCAAAAGAAACUAAUGGUGCAAUGUAUGCUUCAGAACAUAGAUACUAUGGGAAAAGUAUACCCGUUAAUAAGACAACUGUUGAUAAUUUUAAAUAUUUGAGUGCAAAGCAAGCUCUUGCUGAUAAUGCUCAUCUAUUACGAUUAAUUAAAUCAAAACCAUUUUUUUCUAAUUCAAAAAUUGUUGUGGUUGGUGGUUCUUACGCAGGAAACCUGGCAGCAUGGAUGAGAUUAUUAUAUCCUGAAUUGGUUGAUGCAGCAAUAGCGAGUAGUGCUCCUGUUUUAGCAAAAAAGGAUUUCUAUGAAUACCUUGAAAGAGUAAACGUUGAUUACGAACAAUAUGGAACGCGUGACUGCGUUAACACGAUAAAUAAACAUUUCACAAGAUACGAAACUAUGUUUGAGACACAAGAAGGUAUCAAAAAACUUAAAGAAGAAGAAAAUAUUUGCCCUGAGAAUGAUAUGAGCAUACCAGAAAAUAAACAACUAUUCUUCCUUGAAAAAGCUACUGCAUUUAUGUCAAAUGCACAAUACGGCAAUACCAAAAUAAUAAAAGAUCACUGUGCGAACGUUAACGAAACAAAAAAAUAUUUAUUGUUUGAUGAACCAAGUUUUUGGAUUAAAAGAAGCGAGUGUAAUGAUUUUGAUUUUAAUAACAUGAUCAAUGAUAAUUACAAAAACAAAAUAAACGGGAUAGUUUGUUGGACUUAUCAAACUUGUACCGAAUAUGGCUACUUUCAAAGUACAUCUUCCAAUAAACAACCCUUUACCCGCAACAUACCAGUUGAUUUUUACGUGAAAUUGUGUACUAAAGCCUUUGGUUCUGAAUUUAAUGAUACGAGAAUUGACGACGGAAUUGAAGAUGUAAAUAAAAUGUAUGGUGGAUUACAACCCAACGUAAGUAAGGUAGUCUUUGUAAAUGGAGAUCUGGAUCCAUGGAGUCGACUUAGUAUUUUAGAAGACAUAUCGUAUGACGCACAAGCGAUAGUAAUUCCGCGUGCGUCUCAUUGCCGAGAUUUGUUUUCAAAUCGUGAAAACGACCACGAAGAACUAAAGGAAGCCAGAAAAAAUGUCAAAUACUUGAUCAAAAGGUGGAUCAACGCCGAAGAUUAUAUAGUGAACUAA